AUGUCAUUCCAGCAACCACCGACCUAUGGAAAUUCCGGCGGUCAAAACAUCCCCAUCUACCCUCCUCCCUCCCCUCGCUCAGCCAGCGGUCCAUCUCCCAUCAACGCCACGCCCCACACUCGGCCAGGCGACGGACAGGGCAACGGAAAAGCCAAAGCCGUCAAUCCCCCUCCAUCUCCCGGGCCAGGCAUGCAUCAGCCCAGCGCCCCCUCGGAUGGGCUUUCACUGGACCCCGCGGCGUUCUCGAGGGAUAUCCGGUUCCAGAUGCCCUCGUUCCUCUCGAACCCAGUGGGCGGGGCGCCAACGUUCCCACCGGGCGGCGAAGCGUGGUCAGGCUUUUCCGGACCGGGCAUGGGCGACGGCAAUAGCCUCACGCCAGGGCAGUUGUUCAGCAACAUGUUCAACGUGACGGAUGCUGGGUAUGGCGGGGAAGGCUCGGGGAUGAUCCAGUCAUCCAUGUCCACGUCCGAUCUACUCGGCGGUGGCGGUGUGAACGGUCCACCCUACAACAAUACCAACUUUCCCUUCGUGCCCUCCAUCACCGAAUCCACCUCCAACUCGGCCUCCACCAUCAAUAUCGCAUCCUCAUCCUCGGCACCGUAUGCCCCGCCAAGCAACACCGCCCAGCUCCUCACGGCACCGGUAGCACCGCCCGUCAUCGGGCCAAGCCUUGCCGAUGGGCCGGGACUGUACAGUACGACAGGCUUCGACAUGGUCGGCGUCUUGUCGAGGGUGGCGGCGAGAAAAGAUCCCAAGACGGUGUUGGGGCCGGUAGAUCUGAGUUGCAGCUUUGCUGUGGUGGAUAUACGACGUUUCGACUGCCCAAUAGUCUACGCAAGUCCGACCUUUACCGCUUUGACUGGGUACGAGUUGCCUCAGAUCCUCGGUCGCAAUUGCCGAUUCCUACAAAGCCCCGACAGCGAAGUCGUCAAAGGAUCAAAGCGGAAAUACACCGACAACGUCGCGGUCGCCCAUCUCAAGCGCAUGCUCAACGCUGGCAAGGAAUGCCAAGCUUCGCUGAUCAACUACCGCCGGGGCGGUAUACCAUUCAUCAACCUCGUCACCGUCGUCCCUAUCCCCUGGGACGGUACCGACAUUGUCUACCACGUCGGCUUCCAAGUAGACUUGGUCGAGCAGCCCAAUGCCAUUCUGCGGAAUAUGCGCGACGGGAGCUAUCAGGUCAACUAUACGGUGGCGAACCCGCCUCAGGCCCCCUUGCGGCCGGCGGGGCGGGAGCCAAGCACGAGCGGUCUGAGCCAGGAGGUGCUGGAGAUCAUGGGGCCGCGGACCACCGCAGCAUCAUUUGGUGAAGGGGAUGAAGGGCCAAAGAUGGACUGGCUCAAGAUGGUCAUUGAAAAUUCGGAUGACUUUAUCCAUGUCCUCUCCCUCAAAGGCCUCUUCCAAUACGUCUCCCCCUCGGUCCGCCGCGUCCUCCAGUACGAGCCCGAGGACCUCCUCAACAAGAACAUUUCAGACAUUUGUCAUCCCUCCGACAUCGUCCCCCUAAUGCGCGAGCUCAAGGACUCUACCCAUGCCCCAGGCGAGGGCGCCCAAGCUCGCGCCGUCAAUCUCGUCUUCCGGAUACGGCACAAAAACUCUGGCUACGUCUGGGUCGAAUGCUCCGGCCGACUCCACGUCGAGCCUGGAAAAGGCCGGAAGGCCGUCAUACUAUCCGGGCGGGCGCGGUCGGUACCUGUCCUCCCUUGGGACUCGAUCGCCAAGCACGGCGGUCUGGCAGAAAAGGAAUUCUGGGCGAAAAUCUCUUUCCAGGGGUUGGUGCUCCACGCGACGUCCACCGUCACGGAAGUUCUCGGCCAGCGGGCAGACGACAUUGUCGGACAAUCCUUCUUCUCCAUCCUUCCCGGGGGCGACAAUGGUCCACCGCACGCUUCCAGUGUCGACCAAGACCCCAGCUCCCCGGUCUCGGUCGUCGCAAAGGCACUCAACGCUGCGCGGAAGGCCGUGGUGAUGAUCACGCACAAGCUAGUCAAGCGGUCAGGGGAGCAGGUGGACGUCAUCACCAUCCUGUACACAUCCAAGUCGGAUCCCCGCGACGACAGCAGUCCCUCCUCAUCCUCGGAAUCACCUGCCUCCAUCCCCAACAACCUCCUUCCCACCUCCACCACGUCCCCCAACCCAGUCGCCAUUUCCAAUCUCACCAACGCGCGGCCCAUAGCCCAUGCCGGCUCGUCCAACCUCUUUGAGGAGCUCGAAACUACACGCGGAACAUCAUGGCAGUACGAGUUGCACCAGCUCCGGCUGCUCAAUCGGCGAUUGAAAGAUGACGUCUUGGCGGCGAGGGCAGUGGCGCGGAGCAAUGCGGCCAAGGGGCGUAGCAAGAAGCGAAAAGUCGGGGAGGAGAUGGGUCCCCCGGCGGUGCCGUAUACCAGCCAGAAUCAGCAGUAUGGGCAGGGGAUGGGAAUGGAGCAGUACGGUGCGGCACCGAGGCAUCAAAUGGCGCCUGGGUUUGGGUUGGUGAAUCCGAACAUCCCCAACCCUUACUUUUGA